AUGAAGGCAAAAUGGUCAUACGCGCGCACCCGUGCGCGGCCGUGCCCAGAAGGCGUGCACACCAACGCACCCUCGCACGAACCUGGGAUACUGGCAGUUAAUUGGCUGCCGAUAUCGACCACGGAGCGUGCACUGGGUGCUGGCUCUGAAUUACUACAGUGCAGAGGAAAUCGCGGAAGACGUUGCAUCGCCUGGGAGGGUAUGGAGCCUUUCACGUAUGACGAUUACUCGGACUUCGAUGCCGAUGAAUUGGAUUUCGAUCCACCCUUGAGAAGGAGCACCACCUCAGCCACCCGGCGUCCUGCUCGUCCGUUGUCUCCAUUUGAAUUGGGCGUCGAUGAAGGUGAAAUGGAGAAGAUUCGUUCACGAGCGCGUCAGGCAACCGCAGACUUUCUGGACAGCUGCGACGCAAUGCGACAGAAGGCUAAAAUCAAGGAUCAAGAUGCGUUGAACAAGUUUAAUGCGGCUAUGCAGAGCCACGCCUCGUCGGUGCGAAGCGGUCCAGCGGGGGCGCGUCCCCCUCCCCCUCCCACGAUGUCCACGAGAGAGGGCAGCCGCGGCUCCGAGGUCGACGCGGACUCGAGCGUAAGCCCGCCACCGCACACGCGGUCGAUGCAAACGCACGCCUCACUCCACCUGUCACCCGCGUUUCUCGUACAAGCUCUCAAAGACACUUUUAUAAUGGCUGUCGUAAUCCUGUUGAAGGCGACGCCUCCAGUUGGGCCUGGACUGCGGAGUUUGAGGGUCCGCCAUCGCUCGCCUGGCCUCCCUCCUCCAACUCCAAAUGUGAUGGACGAAAUCAACGCUCUGGAAGCAUUUGCCAGAGAUACACGGGUCGUUUCCACGGAUGCUGACCCCCGAGAGCGCAUUAGCACUCGCCGCAAGAUUCGCGAUGUUGAGUCACGUCUGGAUAAGAUUUUGGACUACGAAUUGCCCUACGCGUCAGGAUUCAAGGAAAUGAGGAACGCCCUACGGGAUAUUAACGACAAGAUGGCGAGGCACCGACUGAUGAUCGACCGCUAUUCGGGCCUGCAAAUGAACGAAGACAACGAACCGGUGGCAGAUCGUGUUGCCGCCAAGGUUGAUGAACUUAUACCAAGAGUACCUGCCUUAUCAGGAGUGCAAAAUCCAUUCAAACCACGCACAUACGAAGUGACAGGCGAAUUCGAUCCUCGGUUAAUUCCGGGCUACGUGACAGGCAUAUGCGUGACUCAGAAUGAGGGCACGCAGGAGCUACGCGGACGCAUUCGCAACCUGCUCUGUAGAACCCGAGAGACCAGCAGGAAGGACGCAGCUAAUCCACACCUCAAGGCUUUUCCGACCAAACAGAGAACCGCCGCUGUCGCAGAAUGA